AUCCGAUGCCGUCAUUUUUAUUAUAUAAUCCCCGUUGUCUGGCACGCCAUAAGUCGUCACCCCACGCUGAUGCCGAUUCUCAGCAGUUUUGCCAAUACACGAGCUGAAGACAAGGUCGUAUGUGGUUGUGACCGGUCGAGCUGUCAUCUGCGAUUGCGAAAUUCUCUCGCUAAGCACGUCGUACCGCCGACGUGUUGUCCUAAUUCCGCGUUUUGCGCCAUUCAGCGUGCAGAAGUUGUGCGGACCCCCGGUUGGGUCCCGGUUUGCAACUCGUCUCGGCGAUAUAAGGGGCUGCAAUAACAGCUUGUCGUCAGACAAUCGGGAGAGGCCUGCGGAAGGUGGCACGGUGCCUGUCUGGAGACAACACCAAAUUAUCGGCAAAGAUGCGGGCCAGCUGCCUGCUGUUGGUCGUCCUGGGAGCGGCGCUGGCCGCCGAGAAGGACGCCAAGGAGGACAUCCGUGACUCGCGCACGUUCGGGAACCUGAUCGGCCUGAUCGGCCUGAGGCCGAAGCCGGUGGCGCGGCCGGUGGUGCACGUGCAGGCGGCCCCGGCUCCGUCGGUGGUCGUCCUGCCGGCCAGCACCAUCACCGUCUCGCAGCCCGCUCCCAAGCCCGUCUACAAGCCGGUCGUCAAACCGGUCGUCCAGCAUGUUGUUAAGCCCGUCGUCCAGCCUGUAGUUCAGCAAGUUGUCCAACCCGUCGUCCAGCCCGUCGUCCAGCCUGCUCCUCAGCCCAUUAUUGUCCACCCUGCUCCUCAGCCUGUUUACCAGCCCGUGUCGGAGCCCUUGUACCAGCCUGUGGUGGAACAGCCCGUGUACCCGAGUCCCGUACCUGUGUACCCCGAUCCCGCUCCCGUGUACCCCACCCCGGCCCCUGUGUACCCCAACCCUGGUCCGGUCCACCCCACCAUUGGCCCCGUCCACCCGCAGCCCGACCAGGGCGGUCUGGUGUUCUCGUGGCACGUGCCGGAGCUGGCCGGUCGUCAGUUCACCUGGGGGCAGGCCGACGCGGAGUGCAAGGCCCGCGGACUCCGACUGGUCUCCAUCGAUAACCCCAGGAAGAAUGACUUCAUCAGCCGCUCACUCGAGAAAGACAACAUUCCGUUCACCUGGACGUCGGGCCAGCUGGGCGGCCCCACCGGCUGGCAGUGGUCGGCCACCGGUCAGCCGGUGCAGUACACCAACUGGGGGCGCGUCGGCCAGCUGGGCCGACCGCAGCCGGACAACGCCGAGGGCAACGAGCACUGCCUGGCCGUGCUGAACCGCUUCUACCCGGGCGACGGCGUCACCUGGCACGACAUCGGCUGUCACCACCCGAAGCCGUUCAUCUGCGAGUGACCGCCCUCCAUCUGCGAGUGACCGCCCUCGCAGCGGUGAAGUCAUAGCGCACGCGUACACUUCAUCAUGAACAAAUGUUAUUUGUCGUAUGUGUUACUUCUUAAUCAUGAAAAUAUGUCAUUUGUCAUGUGUGUUACUUAUCAUGGGCUGUGUUGACUGCCUCGUGAUGUAACUCGUGUUAGUUCAUUUCAUCUAAAUGUUUCUCAUUUGUCGUAUGAUAUACAUCAUGUGGAUGUGUUCCUGGCCCUGGCCUCUGCGUAUAGGUAACAUGAGCACAGUUGUGUUCCGAUCAUGCCCCAUCGAAAGAAAGCAAUGCGUCAUGUUGAUAAUACAAAAGAAUCAUACCAGU